CGCGCGUUGGCUGUGCGCCAGCAAUGGCGGGCGCGGUUUCGAUGUGGCUUGUGCUGGGGCUGCUGCUUGGGUCUGCGCUCCUCGCGGUUCUCGGAGAGUGCCCCAGCCGCUACUGCAGGGCACAGCCAGGGCACCGCGCCCAGGUGGGCCCCGGAGCCGCCGAACCCUGGCGGCGACCGGCGCCGAAGGAGCAGCGCGAGCGGGCCCGGGCGCUGCCGUGGGGGACGCUGUACACCGCGGGCGUCGUGGCCUUUGUGCUCUACAAGUGUUUGCAGGGCAAAGAUGAGAUUGCAGAUCUCCAAGAAGAGAAAGGCAAGGAGGAAUCACUGCAGUCAGAGCAACAGCUGGCCCACUUGACACAACAGCUGGCUCAGACCGAGCAGCACCUGAACAACCUGAUGGCCCAGUUGGACCCCCUUUUUGAGCAUGUGACUGCUCUGGUUGGAACCCAGCGGGAGCUUUUAGAGAAGAAACUACAGACUAUUCACCAGCUUCUCCAAGACUGCACUCCAGAAAAGGGUGUGGAAGCUCCAGAGUCAGAGGCUGGCAUACCCUUUCCUGAGGAUUUACGUUUAGAGGAGAAAGAGGCUGGUGACAGUCAGGCCUGGAAGGAGCCUGUAAACUGGAGCACAGAGACGUGGAACCUUGCUACUUCCCGGCAAGUGGAACAGGGACUAAGGAGAAGAUUCAGCAAGCCUGUGACAGAGGGUCUCAGGCACAGCCCCAUCCAGGAAGAAAGGACAACUCCAGAAGGCCUAGUAAAACCAAGUCUAUUCUUGUGACUGGCUUCUCCUGUGUACUUUUCCCUUGCAGCUGAUGAUGCGUACACCCAUGCCACAUGACUAAGGACAGCCAGGCCUCCUUGAAAAGCUUUCCUUUUUAGGACAAAAGAGGCUGCCUUCCAGAGUGAGAGCAGAGCAGCGGGAGCUCCAGUCCUUUUCCUUGUAUUACUGAGGUCGCCAGCCUUUACAACCCAGAAACCCUUUUUCUCAUAGCUGAGACAGUUAAAAACAAAAACAAAAAACUUUAUUAAAAUCCAGUGGAAAAUAAAUUAUACCACCACAUAAAAAUUCA